UGCCAGAAACCCUCAUGACCAGCGGUGCUUGGGGACUGAUGUGCUCAUGUUGGUGUAAGCCUGAGCAUCUUAUCAUGUCCACCCACAGAAACCUUGUAUUUCUGCCCGUCUUUUAAAACACAGGCUGUUAUAUUAACCAAGCGGCCAUGAUAUGUGUGCUUGGGAAGGAGUCGGUGAGGCAGUGAACAUCCCUAUGUAACUAACUACUGUUACCAGCAAUUAUAGCCACAUGUACCAAUAAUAGCCACAACAAAAAAUAUAUUAUUAAAUUUGCUGACAUAAUACAGACAUAAUAUUUGGUUACAGCAACAUCAACAGCUCUUCUUCCUGUUGGCAUUGGUUAUUUCUUAUGAUUAAUCUUUGAACAAAUGUUCCAGCCCCCUGUUGUCCCAUACAAUGUCAGUCUGUCUGUGCUGACACUGACAACAACUCUCGCAAAAAUGGAUGGAUAUUAUAGACAAGAAGUCAGCAAAAUGUUCCUUUAAAAGUAGUAUAUGUAAGAAUUUUAGUUUAAAUUAAAAAAAAUAACUAAAAUUAUCAAAAAAUUAUACAAUUUUUUCAACAGUUUUGACGUUGUGUCAAAGACGUCUCGUCUAUGUAUUGUGUUGCAUAUCUACUGAAGAUAGCAUGCUAACCAACUAGCCCCGGCCCGUCCUGUCUCAUGAUACCACUUUGUACCUCGAGAGGUGAUAGUGAGUAACUGUAGCGUCCACUCGGCCCUCAGUCCAACAUGAGGGGAUGAAGAAGUAGCGCUGCCCCAAGAGCAAGAAACCAUGUUCGGCGGCACAGAACGAAGUGAUAGAAAUAGAAGCAAAACAAGAUUUAACCUUGGCCUUGCUUUCCACCGCUGGAGACAGCUCUUGACAAGUAAAGGGAUGAAGUUUGAUGCAAUGUUUCUUCUAGAGAAACACUGGUGAGUAAACAGAUGAAUUUAGUGAUAGAUUAUAAAGGUAGCUAAUUGUAUAACGUUACUGACAGUGUUGACGUUUGCAAAGUUAGCAGUUUGUUAGAAACAAAGAAGGACCCACGGGAGUGACUGUGUACGAUAGGGGUGGGCACCCCAGCUUUCUGUUGAUAUGUUGCCCGCAAUUUGUAUGAAUUUGACUCCUUUAUUAGCCACAGCUGAUUUGUGAGGAGGUUGUAUAGCAAUCACAAAUGUGCAUGCUUUUAAACUCUUUCUAAACGAUAAGACUGAAGACAUCAUCAACGGGCAUACUUUAAAUGUUACAUGCAUAACCUGAAAGUACCCUAAUGAGUUCUUUUUAACACAAAUUUACCAUUUACAGAACAUUAGCUUAACAUUAACAACGUAUAAUAAGUCUUGCCAUUGUCCACGAAUGAAUGAAAGAGAAGAAAUCAGAUAAUAGAAUGUAACGUCUCUCAAAAGACCUGCUUGAGCUCGCAGGUCAAGCAUGCAUUCUAUGCAUUCAAGGCAGCACUGAACAUGUGUUCAUUGUUUCCAAAUAAGGAUAUGAGGUCCUACUUCUCGUCAGCCAAUCAAACAGAGUCUUCUCUCUGAGAGUGGAGAACGUAUUGAGAUUCAAUUCAUUCAACAUGGCAAAAUGAACACGAUGACACCUCUUAAGUUUGCUAUGUAUCUGACUUGUCUGUUCUUGGGAAGAAUAGCUCAGAUGACUGAACUGAACUUGUCCAUCUACGUGCGUCAAGAGAGUGGUUUUUAUUCAGCUAAUGUUGGUGAAAGCCUAACUUUGCGAUGUUUCUAUGAAGGUGAUGCAGUGAUGUUUUACUGGUAUAAGCAAACUCUGGGACAGAAACCAAGGCUCAUCUCAACCUUCUAUAAACAUAAAAAAAGUGCCACCCUUGAUAACGAAUUCAAGAAAAAUCCUCGUUUCACACUAGACACAGGAAACGGUAAAAAUCACUUGACAAUCGCUGAUUUACGCAUUUCAGACUCAGCUACUUACUACUGUGUAGGCUCUUAUGAAUAUGAUUUGGAGUUUGCAGAGGGUGCUACUGUCAGUGUAAAGGGUUCAGGUUUGAACAUCCAAGCUUUGGUCCAUCAGUCAGCAUCUGAGACCAUCCAGCCAGGAGGCUCUGUGACUCUGAACUGUACAGUACACACUGGGACCUGUGAUGGAGAACACAGUGUUUACUGGUUCAGAAACUCUGAAGAAUCUCAUCCAGGACUCAUGUACACCCAUGGAGGCAAGAAUGAUCAGUGUGAGAGGAAACCCAACACACAAACACACACCUGUUUCUACAACUUGCCACUGACAAGUCUGAAUCUUUCUCAUGCUGGGACCUACUACUGUGCUGUUGCUGCAUGUGGACACAUACUGUUUGGAAACGGGACCAAGCUGGACUUAGAGUAUGACUCUUUUCUCUUGGUGUAUUUCUUGAUUGGAGCUUUGGCAUUCACCACCAUCCUGGUUGGUGUACUGGCAUAUGCAGCAUAUACAAUGAACAAAAGGAACAGCUGCCGAUGUACAGACUCAAGAUCUUCAGCUGCCUUGACUCCGAAUGCAGAGGAUUACCAAGAUUCAGACAACCUCCAUUACGCUGCUUUGAGCGUACACAAGGUCAACAGAUCAACAAGACAGAGGGGUGACACACAAAGUGAAUGUGUGUACUCCAGUGUAAGGCAAUAGAGCUGGAAACAUUUCAUUUGUACUUUGUUUCUGUGUAAGAAGAACUUGUCUAUAAAGCUAUAUCAUGCAUUUUUUUUUCUAGAAAAGGAACAUUGCUGUCACCUCAAUAUACUGAAUGUUAAGUCUUUCCCUGCAAUAAACUAAUAAAACAAGUGCUUUCAGCCACCAUGCUUUCUUGAUAAAGUAUGACCUUUGUUGUCAAAGGUGUUAUUUUACUGUCACUAUGACUGUAGCUUACAGUGUACAAACACACAAUCACACACAACUCAGCUCUGUGGUGCGUGUGGGCUCAGGUAGGUAAGAGAGUGUUCACACUGGAAAAUUCGCACUACUGACUGGGAGACGCUUUGUGGUAGUUAUGUCUCAUUUCCUGGUCAUAAUGUAAACAUUGACAUCGGUACAGUGGGCACACAGGAAGAUUGGCUGAUGUCAUGGGGCAACACAUUACAAGAUGCAAUUGUGCAUUCACAUGCUUGUUCAAAAAUUAUGGGUUUUUUUGGUUCAAGUGUGAUUUCUCUCUCGCUCUUCACUAGACAAAAAAGAAAAACACUUGAGCAUUUGCUCCCUAGUUGAAACAAAAUUGCAAAUUUAUUCAUAAAAAUGAGUGAGAGAAGGAGAAAGUUCAUAAGAGAAUGUGACAAAGCCAAAUUUAACAGAAAGUGAAACUUUAUGUUAUUGAGCCCUUCUUAGUGGUUACUUCAAAAGCAAAUAAAACUCUCAGCAACAGUAAGGUAGCUAGCAUGCUCACAUUUCAAGUGCUUUUAAUGUACUAUACAUUCUGAAAUUUAAGAGGGACAUUAUCAGCUAGCCUCUGCAAACAUCAAGCAUGAUU